UAGCACUACUGUACACUACACCUGUCACAGCGAUCAGCUGAUGGCUGUUUAUUUCUGUCAUUUCAGUCCAAUCUGUCAAGUAGAUUCAAGAGAAAAAUUACAGAACAGGAGCAAGCCAUCAUGCUGAAAAAUCUUCUUCAGGUAAUUCCAAAAACUAUCAGCAAUGAAAUCAACGCUAAAACAUUGCACACAACUGCUGUUAUGUGCAAAGUACAAGCUGGUCGAUAUCGCAUAACCCCAAAACGCGACAGACCUCUUACCUAUGAAAUGGCAAAUGCUCCUCACCACAUCGUCCAUCGUAAAUCAUGGAAUUCUUGGAAUACAUCAACUAUUCUCGAUGGUCUUCGUCCCUCACAAACGGCAAUUGAGGAUGUCUUCAUAAGGAAGUUCAUGAUUGGAACAUGGCAUGCCCUUGUCUGCUCUGAAGUCAUAAUCAAAAGACAAUACAAUCACAUCCGUAUUGCUGCAAUCAUUAGACAAGGUAUAACAGCUCGCAAAAUGUACUUUCUUAUUGGCUACACCGAGGAAAUGCUUUCUAAUUGGCUCCAAUGUCCGGUUACUCUUGAAUUACAAACUGUAGCCGAUAGGAAAGAUGUUGUAUUUAAAUAUAUCUAAGCUUAGUAAAAUAAAUCAAUGCUAAUUUGAACCAAAAA